UCCGUGCCAAAAUUCACAGCUGAUCCACGAUCCACUUUGUUUUCAAAAUCCGCGAAUCCGCUCGAUUUACUGCAAAAAUCCUCAAUCCGCGCGCUUUUUAAGGCCAAGUCCGUCGAUCCGAAAACCUAUUAAACCCCCUCUUAAUUGUUAAGUGUGUGCAAACGAGAAGAGAGCGUUAAAAACAAACCAAAUGAACGUUUUAUGUUACCAAUUGCUAUGUACUUUAAAGAUCUUUCUAACUAGUUUUCCUUUUGUUUUUUGUGUUUUUAAAGACGAAUUCUACGGAAACAUGUAAAGCGGAUAUGUUUGUUCGUUCUUUUUGUUUUCGUUGUUCAAGAGUCGAGGCUAAUUAUCUCUAAAAAUGUAUGGCUACACCAAGUUUUGUUCUGGAUUCCAAUAGUCGUCGCUGAGAUCUUCAUUUUCUAUAUUCCUUCGUAUUAAGUAGGAAAGGUCCUGCAAAAAUCGUUGAACACAAACGAACAGACGUUUGAAGCGCAUCAGCUGGUCCUAUUUGUUUCUUAAUAUCUACAGUAACUUUGGUUAUUUUCAGUAAAGUCAACACUGUAAUUUAAAUUCACAAGAGUGCAUCGCCAUUGAAUCAUAUCACAAAGUGGAUUUUGUUUUUCUUUGUGGUAUAAAUUCUUAAUGAAUUUUGAUAUGUUUUCGGCUUUAGCUUCACUGGCAUACUUGACGAAACCAAAAGAAUCGAGCAUUUGUGUCUAGUUUUAUGUUCUCACAUGUCAAGUACCAUGAAUUACUUCCAGUUUUCCGCAUUGUUUCUGGUGGUGAGUUUUAUAAUGGUUUCUUGGAAAGUUGUGUCUGCAUCGGGUAGGUUUCUGUUUUGGUAUUUCUUUAAUUCAUACCAGUGCAUCAACAAUUCAGUAUUCGGAAUCCCCGAAUACAAUUUUGAUAUUCCCUUGCUAGGGAUGCUGGAUAUCAUAGAGCUCGGAUUUCUUGCUAGAGCUAGCAUUCUGUCUUCUGAUGUUAUCGUUUCCCCCUUUUUAUUACAGUUAAUUAUACGGCUGUUUUAAAAUGCUAGCAAGAAAACCCAAAACUCUGAACCUCUCGUGGACUUGUCGUAAAAUAUAUAACUAAGCCUAGCACGUAUUAUUGCUGGACUCUGUGAUCUCACAUUAGAUGAAAGACGUCGAAAUGGAUCAUACACAACGCCUGAAAGAGGCUAAAUUUCUUUGAAAUCAUGCAAAAUCCGAGUACUUUUCGCUCACAACUGGAACGAUUUCUACACCAACCCACUCCCUCAUUUAAGCAACGCUCGACAAACUAGAUUUCGCUUUGUUCACUGUUCUGGUGCGGUUUUCGUAUUUCUUUUGUUGUGAAGCAUCAGUGUUGUAGAAUAUUUUCCACGGCUUAAGAACAGCUCUCUCGUAUUUUGUAUUUUAGAGGCAUGCAUAAUCAAGACAUUUGGAAAGCCAGCUGCAAACAAGGCUCCUAAAAAUCACGUGAUCAGAACUCCGAGGGCGACGUCAGCGGAAGUGUGUGAGUUACACUGCUUUAUGGAAAUCACGUGUCAAUCAUACAACUUUGGUCCUAAGGAGGGUGGAGGUCACGUGUGUGAGCUGAGUGACUCUGAUGUUAUCAGGAAUCCACUGGACUGGACUACAAAGCUAGGGUUUAUUUACGUUGGAACAAAGGUAUGACGCAUUUGGCUAAGACUUUGUCCUUAGACUACAAACGGAGUUCUGAAGGUUAUUUCACGAAAUACACUGCGGUGCCAAGACUUUCACGGUUAGUAAGCGAGUCUUGCGAGCGUGAAAACGCUGUUAGGUUGAGCAAUGUUGGUUCGACUCUCAUGAACAUCGCUUGGAAGAUGUAGAGACGUUUGUGUUUGUACUAUUUAUUUAGCAAUAAUUUGUAACUUUUUUCUUGUUUCCUUUCAACGAAAGAGUUCAUGCUCACACGCUGAAUGCAGUGUCCUGUUAAUUCCCGUUGUUAUUCAGACUUGGAACAUGACACAUAUCAGUGUGUAUGUGCAGCGGGCUUCACUGGUAACAACUGUCAAUCAGAUGUGGACGAAUGCAGACAAGGAACUAAUGACUGUCACGUGAACGCCACGUGCAGCAACACGGAAGGAUCGUACAACUGCUCGUGCAAAAAUGGAUUUACAGGAGAUGGGUUCAAGUGUGAAGAACAAAAACUUAACAGAAGCUGUACCGAGCUUCUUAAAAAUGGUGAUAAUUCCAGUGGCGUGUACAAAAUCAACCCAGAUGGCGGCAAACCAACACAAGUGUUGUGUGACGUAUGUUAUGGACAUAUGGUGGACAUGGUUGGACAGUUUUUCAGAGACGUUUAA